AUGAUGUGGGAACUCCGCUCCGUGGCCUUCACCCGAGCUGUACUGGCCGAAUUCCUGGCCACACUUAUCUUCAUCUUCUUUGGCCUGGGUUCCUCUCUCAACUGGCCUGCUGCCCCGCCAAAUGUCCUCCAGAUCUCACUGGCCUUUGGUUUGGCCAUAGCCACGAUGGUCCAAGCUGUGGGACAUAUCAGUGGGGCCCACAUCAACCCUGCUGUGACCGUGGCCUGCCUGGUGGGCUCUCAUGUCUCCUUCCUGAGGGCCGUCUUUUACGUGGUGGCGCAGGUCGUGGGAGCUGUGACGGGAGCUGCCAUUCUGCAUCAGCUCACACCGCCACACGUUCGAGGCAGCUUGGCCAUCAACAGGCUUUCUAACAACACAACCGCAGGCCAGGCUGUGGUGGUGGAGAUAAUCCUCACUUUCCAGCUUGUUAUGUGCAUUUUUGCCUCGACUGACAGCCGCAGACGUGACAACGUAGGUUCUCCUGCCCUGUCUAUUGGACUGUCUGUAACCCUGGGUCACCUGGUGGGGAUCUAUUUCACCGGCUGCUCUAUGAAUCCAGCCAGGUCAUUUGGGCCUGCUGUCGUCACGGGCCGAUUCACCCCUGCUCACUGGGUCUUCUGGGUGGGACCAAUCGGCGGAGGCAUCCUGGCUUCCUUGCUUUACAACUACCUGCUAUUUCCCCGCUCAAUGAGCAUGUCUACAAGAGUGGCAAUUGUGAAAGGCACUUACGAGUCGGAAGGAGAGUGGGAGGAGAAGGAGAAGAGCAUGGAAAUGACCUCACCCUAAUGGAAAGAGCUUGGGACAGGAAGGAAAAGGAGACGAAUCCAACACUCCUGAUGCCACACAUAGUCCAAAACAACAUAUUUUCUGCUUGUGCCAAGGGGUUGAAGAUGGAAUGGGGAUAGACUUUAUUUGUGUAUAAUUUGUGUCUACAUUGAAUGUGUGGUUGCAGCCCACUACAGAUGCACAAGAUAAACCCAACACGUAAGAAGGAGCUGUUCCAACAUGGCCCCUUUCAGAAGUGAUGCAUUCCAACAACCACCAUCAAACACGGUUGGUUGUUUACCUCUUGGAACUGGCAAAAGAGUAGGAGCAUUCUAGAACUGUAUCUAGGCUGGGCUCUUAGCCUUUGCAAUUGGUUGGAGUUUUCAGUAAGUCUCCUAGUUAUUUGCAUUUGACUUUCUGCUGGGCCUAAGACCAAACCUUCUGGGAGCUGUAUUUACCCUGGGCUUUGGUGGCUUAGGGGCGAGGCAACCUGAACUGAGUUUCCUUGGCUUUGGUCCUGUCUCAUAUGCAUAAUAAUGCAUGCCGUUGGCUUUUUUUAUGUUUAACUCCUCAUCCAUUUUACAUACCGCAUAAAUACUAACAAGAACUUUAAAGGAAGAGAUUUCAGACAGUUAUGAAAGAGAACAAUUUGAGAGCAGUUUUAGUCUUGAAUAUGUGAGAAAUUUGGAUGACCCUACAAAGAUAAAACAGCCUGUAGAAGACAGUUUCUGGAGCAGAGGCGUAUCUAGGGAAAAUGUAGCCCAGUGCAGAAUCUAAGUCGUCCCCCCCCCCCCCCCCCGGAUGGCCUCCUUCACCCUCCAUGACCAAACAACUUUUUUGGCUCCAGGUCAUCAGGGAAGGAGGAGCGGUGUAGGGGUGAUUUUUCCGGCCCCCCCACGUGACUAAAUGGUCACAGCCCAGGGACAUUUGAUCCCAGAUGUCCCCCUGGGCAGUAUGUUCCUGCUCUGGAGGCAGGUAAUGGCAAACCACUUCCUAAUGCCGCUUGCUUUAAAAACCUUGCAGGAGCACCAUAAGUCACCUGUGACUGGAUGGCACUUUCUACCACCACGUUUCUGUCUAGUCUUUUCACUUUUUUUCAACAUGGUUUGGAGUAAAUGAAGAGUGAAGAGCAUUGCGUUGACUCAACAGCCAUCUUCUGUCCGUUCGAGCAAGUAAAGCAGAUUAAUUUCCAACCUGCUCUACCUAGACAAAAAGUCCUUGUGAAGCUCAGGAGAUACUGCCAUAGUUCUGUUGUUCCAGUCUGCUCUGUGACAGGGAAGGAGAGGAGGAAAAGACAGAUAAGGUUGCCAACAUGGCAUUUUAAAAUAACUUGUUACACCUGUGCAAGGCUGUGCAAGGCUAGGACAGAUCAGGAAGAAAAACUGGCUGGCCCAGUAGGAACAGAACCAAUAGCAAACAUUUAGUUUUAUCAGUAGCAGAUGCUGGCAGAAUUAGAGGGUUAAGCAUGUUCUUGAGUUAGGCUUAGGAGGGUUAAACCUGUGCUUGAGUUCUUGACUAGACGGAAAAGGGGGUUAGGGGAAAGUCUAUCUCCAUAGCUGUCUCUAUGAGCAGCAGUGGCGUAGGAGGCUGAGCUCGUGUAUCUAAUCUGGAGGAACCGGGUUUGAUUCCCAGCUCUGCUGCCUGAGCUGUGGAGGCUUAUCUGGGGAAUUCAGAUUAGCCUGUGA